AUGACAAGAUCAUAUCAUCCCGUUUACGAUUCAGUCUUGGGCCGAAUGGGGAACUCUCCCCCUCCUACAGAAAACACGUUUCAAGAUGACCCUUCAUUCUUAUCUCAACUUGACCCAUCUAGAUUAAACGAGGCUAACACUGAAGCGGCCCUACAAAACCUGUUCGGGGAGGCAGUCGCUUCGGCAUCUAAUCAAAAUGAUCACGGUGACGAUCUUAAUAUGGGAAACGAAAACGAUCACACGCCCACCUUAGCUUCUCAUCAGGACAUUCAAGCUCAGGAUCAAAAUGUACAUCACGAUCACGGUCAAACUGAAACACAAGCUUCCACUAUCGAGUCUCUACCUAUACCUACACCGCCCCCUGCAAACGUAAACCAAAAUCAUAAGCAGCUGGAUCCAUCUUUGAUAGAUCCUGAUCUUGUCGAUACUGAAAACGAAAAUGAAAAUGGUAACUCUCCUAAGAUUGCAUCAUCAACGGGUACUAAACGAAAAGCUACUUCACGAGCCAAUAUGUUAGCUAGAGGAGCUGCAUGUGAAUUUUGUAAAAAGCGAAAGCUAAAAUGUUCAGCAGAAGUACCCACUUGUACGAACUGCUAUAAAGUGGGUAAAGAAUGUGUUUACUCACAAAAGAAACAAAGAAGUAGAGUAAGGGUAUUAGAGGAUAGAUUACAAGAAUUGGAAAAGAGAUUGGAUCAAAAUAAUAAUUCUCCUUCCAAUAUCAAUACUGGUGAUAGGAGCGACCUACCUGAUAACGACAUGAAUAGUGGUGUUCAAGGUCAGCAACAACAAGACCAACACGCUGAGAAUGGUGAAGAUAAUAUAUCAAACUCGAUGUACGAUAAUGAAUUCUCUGCUUUAUCCAGCUUCGAUCUAGGCUUUGGUCUCACUUCAACUACUUCAGAUAAAGCGGAACCUGAUCUCAUGACCCUAGCCGAUGCCGCCGCUGCUGACACAAGUGUAGAAACCGAUUCCUGGGAGGGAUUGCCUCCAGAUAUUGUUGUUGCCGAGAUACUCAAAGCUGUUAUGGGAAGUAACAACGAGAAAAGCGUUGGAGAGAAGAUCGUUUCUCAUCUGAUUCAGUUGUAUGUUGCGGGACCAUCGAUUCCCAAUUUACACGAUGCUAUAUCGCCAAGUACACUACUAUCUCGUUUAGCCAAUAAGACAGAUAAACCUGUCCAUCCAACUCUUCUAUUUUCUUUGCUUCCCUUCUUGAUACCGUUGUCACCUUCUCCAACUCUGCAAGAUCCUUCCAUUACCUCACGAUUGAUUACCCACGCAAGAGCCCAGCAUGCACAAGCUAUAACGAACCCAGACCACAGAAUUCUUGAUCUGGUAGCUGCAAGCACACUCCGAGCUUAUCAGUCUUAUACACAAGCUAAAUACUUUGAAGGCUGGACUGAAACUUCCUCAGCAACUGGAAUGACCUAUGCUUCGGGACUAUCGAAACUCGGUCACGUCGGUGAGCGAUUCGUGGUAAAUCGUGAAAUACAUGGUAGAAAAGAAAGAUUAGAAAAGGAAAAGAAGUUAAGAUUGGUAUUGACGAAAGGUAUGGUUGUACCUCCUCCACAAGAUAAAGCAGAGUUAGGAGAAAGGAUCAGAUUAUUCUGGUUUGCGUACAUGAAUGACAGGGGAGGCUCGAUAGGUUGGGGCUGGCCUUCUUCGUUCAAUGAUGACGAAAUUACAACACCAUGGCCGAAAGAUGAGUAUGAAACCGAUGAAUCGAUGCUUGAUAAUCGAACAAUCACCGAUUUCAUGAAUUCGACUGUCCCAGAUGACGCCUCGAAGGACAGCAUUCUGGCUUCGCAUUGUAAAGCAAUGACUCUGUUUUAUCAUGCCAAAAGGUUAUUUGAUACGUCUCCUAGUAUAUCCACUCCCGAUAGAACGUUACGUCUCCUUCGAUUGACCAAAGGGUACAUGGCUACUCUACCUCCUAUGCAACAUACAACAGCAUCUGAGAUAGCUAUAAGUCAAGGACCAAGAAAUCAGGUCUCAAUCAGUCUAUACGCUACCUUGUGCAUACUUCACGCUAAAGAAGAAAUUGACUCUCCUCCCGGAGCAGGGAAAGAAUAUUUCGAUAAAUCAAUUGUAGCUGCCGGUAAAAUGCUAGAUAUAGUCGAUAUAACACAAUCGAACGGCGAUGUUGAGCUUCUCGGUCUAGAUAUCAGCUCAGCAGUACUAUUCCAUUUGGUAGGAAGAUUGAUGACUAAAUAUGCUGAAAGAAUAUCGCUUUCUCCCUUGGAGUAUGAGAACGGAAAUGAUGGAUUGAUUUCAGAUCUAAAUAGCAAGAAAGAAAGUUUCAGUAAAGCUUUGUUCACACUCGGCAAAAAACAAAGAUUUGCAAAUGUCGCAUCACAAUUACUAUAUAAUAUAUCUCUGGGAUCAGAAUUCAAAUCUGGUGAAUAUGAGAGGCCGGAUAACAUGCCAUAA